AUGGGCUCCUCCAUGUCUAGACACCAACACAAGCGCGGCGAGUUCCUCUUCAGCAGGCCCAAGUCGCCCCGCCACCGGUCGCCUACCCCCUACCCCCACGAUAGACGCUCCCUCAACGACGACAAUGAUAGCAUUCACAUCCUAUCAAAGGUGUCUUCGAUUGCAAAGCCUACUCAGACACCCAUCAAGGUCGUCGAAAGACCCCUGGCUCGUCAACACAUCAGUUUCGAAGACAAACCCGCAGUCAUCAGCUUCGAAGUUCACAACCCCCGAAGGUUGAACCGCUUCGAACGCCUCACCACUUGA